UGUUUUCUUAAAAUGAUUGAGUGGUAAAUAUAAACGAAUCUAAACAUUAAUUUGAAAUGAGUUAUAUUCAGUACGGGUUAAUUUACUCAGCAUCCAAUAUGUCUGCGCCCAUGUCAGCAUGAAAAUCGUCGUAGGCCUAUUUUGAUCAAAAUGGUACACAGAGAAACAUAGAUGGUCAGAAUAUGAGUUGUAAAGAACAGCAAGAGGAGGAGCUGGAGGUCCUCCAUUCUAUCUAUGAGGGAGAUGACAACUUUAAAGAAGUCAGUCUGACCACUUUUCAGUAUAAGUACGGAGCGGAAGGAUCAUUCCAGUCUUUUAACGUGGAGGUUGUGUGGGGUGAGGACUACCCCGAGAUCCCACCCCAGGUCAAUCUGGACACAUUCUACAACAAGCACAUAUACAAUAAUGUGAAGAGUAAGAUUAAUGAAGGACUCCAAGAACAGAUCCCUGACCUGUUGGGCUGUGCUAUGACCUACACACUGUUUGAGUGGGUCAAGGAGAAUUAUGAUGACCUUGUUGCCGAGCAACCAGAAUCCCAGCCAGUCACACAGGUUACUGAAGAGAAAACUGUUGUGGUAGAAGUGGCAAAGAAAAAGGAGAAAAAGGAACAGUUAACUAAGAACCAAAAACGCAAAAUCUUUGAUCGACUGGACGCCUCGGGGGAGAGGCCUCGGGGAUGGGACUGGGUCGACGUUAUACGGCACCUCUCACAAACUGGGUCACAAAACUAGACAACUAUAUAAACUAGAAAGUCCACUGGACAUUUUGGUGCUUGGGGAAUUGUUGAUAGGUUUGGGAUGGGGGAAAUGAAACAGUUGAUAUAUCUAUAUUGAAAGGAGUGUACGGUCUUUGUGUCAUUAUGAUGUUUUGUUUAUUUUUUGUCCUGUAAACACUCUGGUGUAUGUACGAAAUACAAUAAAAUCAACUAAAAACUC